GCCCCUCCCCUCUGGAUAGAGGUGAGCUGUGGCUUCAGAACUUCCUGUCAGGCUCGUCGGCCCCGGAGGCGGAUCUGCCCCGCACAGAUUCCCGAUCAUGGCCUCAUCCUCGGCUCCAAGGUUCACUUCAAACUCCUUGGAAACUGCUUCAGUCAGAAGGCCAACGAGAGAUGGUUUAAACCAAGAGUCCAGUGAUGAGAUCCCCCUUCUUCCUGGAGAGACGCAUGUGACAGAUAAAGAUGUCAUCUACAUGUGCCCAUUCAAUGGUCCAGUAAAAGGGAGGUUAUUUGUCACGAACUAUAAAUUGUUCUUCAAAGGUGAGGAGCCGGAGUCAUUAAUAGUAUUUGAAGUACCGCUUGGUGUCAUAGCAAGGAUUGAGAAGAUGGGCGGUGCCACAAGCAGAGGAGAAAAUUCUUAUGGUCUGGAUAUAACCUGCAAAGACAUGAGGAACCUGCGUUUUGCACUGAAACAGGAAACGCAUAGCAGAAAACAGAUAUUUGAGGAUCUAACGAGACACGCCUUUCCCACAUCACAUGGCAUGUUGGUUUUUGCCUUUGUAAAUGAAGAGAGAUUUCCCACCAAUGGAUGGAGUGUGUAUGAUCCUAUUACGGAGUUCCAGAGACAGGGCUUGCCAAAUAAUAACUGGAGAUUAGCCUUCAUUAAUGACAAUUUUGAAUUCUGUGAUACCUACCCUCGAUAUUUGAUGGUCCCAUUUCAUGCCACAGACGACGAUCUCAAAAAGGUUGCCACAUUCCGGUCAAGGAACAGGAUUCCGGUUUUGUCCUGGGUACAUCCAGAAAACCAGUCUGUCAUCAUGAGAUGUAGCCAGCCGCUUGUGGGCAUGAGUGGCAAACGGAAUAAAGAUGAUGAGCGGUACUUGGAAAUUAUUAAAGAGGCAAAUGGCCAGCCAUCCAAACUGACAAUCUAUGAUGCCAGGCCAAAUGUUAAUGCUGUGGCCAACAAGGCCACAGGUGGAGGUUAUGAGAGUGAAGACGCUUACCCCUUUGCAGAACUAGUGUUCUUGGACAUACACAACAUUCAUGUGAUGAGGGAAUCUCUGAAGAAACUGAAAGAUAUUGUCUUUCCACAAGUAGAAGAGUCUCACUGGCUGUCAAGCUUGGAGUCCACACACUGGCUGGAGCAUAUUAAGUUGGUUUUAACAGGAGCCAUUCAGGUGGCAGAUAAAGUAGCUUCUGGAAAGAGCUCGGUGGUUGUGCAUUGCAGCGAUGGCUGGGACAGGACAGCCCAGCUCACCUCUCUGGCCAUGCUGAUGCUGGACAGCUACUACAGGACCAUCACUGGCUUUGAAGUGUUAAUACAAAAGGAGUGGAUUAGCUUUGGACACAAGUUUGGAUCAAGAAUUGGACAUGGUGAUAAGAACCAUGCUGAUGCUGACAGAUCCCCGAUCUUCCUCCAGUUUAUUGACUGUGUGUGGCAGAUGUCAAAGCAGUUUCCAACAGCGUUUGAGUUCAAUGAACACUUUUUGAUUACAAUCCUGGAUCACCUUUACAGUUGCAGAUUUGGAUCAUUCUUGUUGAGCUCUGAGUUUGCCCGGGAAAAAGAGAAAGUAAGAGAAAAAACACAAUCUGUAUGGUCUUGGAUAAACAGUGAGAAGUCCAAAUAUAUCAACCCCUUCUACACAAAGGAGUUGAAUCGGGUGCUGUAUCCUGUGGCCAGCAUGCGCCACCUGGAGCUGUGGGUCAAUUACUACAUCAGGUGGAACACAAGGAUAAGACAACAGCAGCCAAACCCUGUAGAGCAGCGUUACAUGGAGCUGUUGGCAAUACGUGACGACUAUGUCAGGAAACUUGAAGAACUUCAAAUCUCCAACUCACCAAAAAUGAACAAUUCUUCCACCUCGCCGCCCUCACCGUCACGAAUAAUGCAAACUCCUUUUUGAGUGAAGCGAACUUUGUAUGAAGUAUGGAUACCGGCUGUGCUAUUUUUCAGAAGGCCAUUUUGAAUGAUGCCUUAUUUGAAGGAAGGUGGAAUCUUCGCGGUUGAACAAAAAUGUGCCUUUUUUAAGAUCUUGAAAUAGUCUCCUUUUUAUAUGUUGCACUGGUAUGUAGAGCUUGUUAUACAAUAUGUAGACAUGAUUACUUGGGAUAGCUGUGAACCAGAUCA